AUGCCAUCUAUUGCUCAUCACCAAUCCACACCGAUGUCUGCUCCAUCACCAACACAGAUUACAACAGCGCCUCAUUAUCAUCAUUAUCAAGAAUAUUUUUGUUGUUCACAAUGUACACAUGAUUUUGAUUGUGAGUUACGAAAACCGAUCACACUCGUUUGUGGCCAUACAAUAUGUCAAUUAUGUUCAAGACAAUUCACAAAUAAGUGUCCAAUAAUCGUAAGCAAACAGCAACAUCAACAACCAUGUAAUUCAUCGACUGGAGAUAUUGAACAUUUAUACAUCAAUUAUCCUAUAUUGAAAUUACUUAUGGGAAACACAAAAAUCCCACAAAAUAUUGAUAUGAGAUAUCAAAAUUGUCCAAUGUACAUAGAAUUAGAUGAAAAAUCAAAAUCAAGUUUUAUGUCAACACAACAAUUAUUAGAAGAUAUUAUUUUAUUAUUAAAACCAAUAGGAAAAGAAUUUGUAUGUCCGUUGAACCGUGCAAUAGUCCGUAAAUUAUUUUCACUAGUGAAUUGUUCAUAUUUGGAAGUAGAUGGAAGAAUUCGUGCAUUACGACAAGCUCGAAACCUUGGAGAACGAAUAAUUAAUGAUUUUUUGUUACAUCAUCAAAAUCCACAACAACUAACAGCCACACUAUGGUCAGCAGUGAGAGCGAGAGGAUGUCAGUUUCUUGGACCAGCCAUGCAAGAAGAAGUAUUGAAACUGAUAUUAUUAGCGUUAAUGGAUGGCUCGGCUUUAUCACGAAAAGUUUUAGUUUUAUUUGUUGUACAAAAAUUAGCACCACAAUAUCCAAGAGCAUCUAAAACAAGUGUUGGACACGUUGUACAAUUAUUAUAUCGAGCAUCAUGUUUUAAAGUUCAAAAACGUGAAGAUGAAUCGUCAUUGAUGCAACUGAAAACAGAAUAUCGUACUUAUGAAAAAUUACGUGGUGAACAUGAUUCACAAAUCAUUGCCAUUGCACAAGAGCAAGGUCUACGCAUCUCACCUGAACAAUGGUCAUCGUUGCUGUACGGUGAUACACAACAUAAGCGACAAUUAGAACUGGUUAUUGAGAAAUUGGUUACACCUGAUUCAUUUGAUAAAUGCAUUAAAGAAUUACUAACGGUUUUAGCACGAGGUGGUGAUCCAUAUCAUUUACAACGGCUGAUACCCGAUUUUGAGCUUCUUGAAAAGAUUCCAUUCGAGUUGCAGUCAACAUCAACAUCACCUACACGGCAUUUUGACUCAAUAUCGCCAACACCAGAUAGUAAUGACACAACAGAUAAAAAACGGGAGUUGAAUACAUCAUGGCAAUUCUUGUGUCUGGUAUUAAAGUCAUCAAGAACGAUAUUACAAGCAUUAAUUGAUUUUAAUGAUUCGACAAAACAACAUCAUCAGCAACAACAACAACAAUCGUCAUCGUCCUCAUUAGCCACAUCUCCACUUGGUGGAUGUGGCAGUGAUUCAUUAUAUGGUACCGGUCCCUCAUGUUCAAGUGGUGUAUCAUCAUCGACAACAGCCGUUUCCAAAUAUAAAGUUUCAAUGUGUCGAGAUUUUACGCAAAAAGGUUCAUGUCCAAGAAAUUUGCAUUGUACAUUUGCACAUUCAAAACAAGAAAUGGAUAAAUUUCGUGCACGAAAUCGACGGACCUGUCCACAAUUACAAACACAACCGACAACAACAACGAUAAAACAACAAUUACUUCCUUCUCCAACUCCAGUGCAACAAUAUCAGUCGUCAUUACCACUUGCUCCUCAAGUUUUAACAACAACAAACCCGUUAAACGGUUUAAAACCCUGGCCUCGAACAGUUCAGAUUCAACCUCAAACCGAUAAUUUUCUUGCACAACAGCAGCAACACUACCAUCACCAUCAUUAUCAUCAUUUACAACAAUUACCUCUCGCACAAACAUUACAAGCACCGCCCAUGAUGGUACCUACAGCAACAUCGAGUACCCAAAUUGUUGCUGAAGCUGCGCAAGCGUUGAUAAAUCAAGCUCACGUACAAGCGUAUUAUCAAAGCCAUCACUCCACAGUACAACAACAACAAAAUCCACAUGUUCUCACAGUGCAAAUGCCGCCACAAUCACAUCAGCAUCAGCCAAUGGCAAGUUAA